AUGUGGAUUGUCGAGACCCACAGCGAACUGCUCGUACGCCGGAUACAGACCCGCAUAGCGCAAGGCGACGUUUCUCCGUCUGAUGUAUCCAUCCUCUAUGUCGACCCUGAAGAUGACGACUUCGAGGGCAGCGCAAUUAAGCAGUUACGGCUGGACGAUACUGGAUCGUGGUUGGACGAAUGGCCUCACGGCUUCUUCGAAGAAGGUCAUGAUACGCAAUGGAGCAGUCGUUAA